AAUCACUAACAGUGGGAACAGUCUCUGUUUCUACUGGGUAUUUUCGCAAAACCCUUAAAACUCUCAAGUAAGAGAGACGAAGAAGAAGAAGAAAGUGUGAGAUUCCGACGAACAAACGGGAAUAAAAAUGAUAACUUUACGCGGCGCUGCUUCUUCGAGGUCAAGGAUCGCUCUUUCGGGUCGGAUUGAAACAGCUUUAGAGAAUAUCUACAGAAAAUACAAUCUUACUCCGAUUAAUGAUGAGACGAGACAGAGACUCUCUUCGAUUCCUGAGAAUUUGGGUUUUGAGUUGGUCAGGAACGUUUUUAGUUUGCAGGCUGGUUUGAUAUACAAUCUCGACAGCUUAAUCGUUUCUAAAGUUAACCAAGCCGUUAGUUUUACUGGCUAUCCGCGGCUGAGCUCAGGUGUGUCUCCGGCGAUCUCUCGUAGUCCCUCUGGAAGACACGUGUGCAGGGUUCUUCAAGAAGAGAUGUCUGUUGAUUCUGAUGCUCCUUCUCCUAAGUCUUUGAAAAGUGAAGAUAAUGGAGGAUCGUUGCACAUUCCACAGCUGGUAGCUUCGGGUGAACUUGAAUUUAAGAAGGCGUUUUUGUUACUUAGCUAUAUUCCAGGGCAACAACUGGGCCAGGUUACAACUGCUGAUGAGAUUAGACUGUGGAAAGAUUUGCCAAUGGUUGCAUAUGAAGCAGCGGUUUGGGACCGUUUGGGCCGGCAUUAUUGUCCUCAAACAGACCGAAGAGUGUUGCAAUGGGAUAGUGGCAAGACCCAUUACUAUCAGUGUCAUGUUGCUCCCAAUGGUAGCUACACAUUCAAGGGCCCACUUCUUGAACACACUGGAACACACUUGCACAAGGUCUUGGGUGAUGAAAAUGUUUUAACUGUCAAAUUCGUGGACGUCCCGAAAAACUCAUCAACAUAUAGCAAUGACCGUUACUCUACAUACAAAGGGAUUGCCAAGAACGGUAUCAUGAUUGGUUUACGUCGUUAUCAAUUUUUUGUUUUCAAAGAUGGAGGAAAAGAGGAAAAGAAGAAAGAUCUUUCUACAAAGAAAGUGAAAUGCUACUUUAUACGCACAGACUCCACAGCUUCUUAUGAUAUGGAAAAUCCCUAUAUUUUUACUGGAAAGUCAAUUCAUGAAGCCCGUAUGCAUUUUAUGCAUGUGCAUCGAGCACCAACUUUGGCGAAUUAUAUGGCAAGGUUUUCCUUAAUUCUGUCAAAGACUAAAACGCUUGAAGUUGACAUGACUGGGAUUACCUUUGAUCCAAUAGAUGAUAUACACUGCCAUGAUCAAGAUGGGAAAGAUGUUCUUGACAAGAACAAAAAACCUUGUAUACAUUCAGAUGGAACUGGCUACAUCUCUGAGGACCUGGCUCGGAUGUGUCCCCUAAAUAUAUUUAAAGGGAAAUGUCUCAGAAGUGAAAAUAUUCAGGAAGCUUGUAACCAAGACCCGCCUCUUUUGAUCCAGUUUCGGAUGUUUUAUGAUGGCUAUGCUGUUAAGGGAACUUUUCUCUUAAACAAGAAACUUUGUCCUCGGACUGUCCAGGUUCGACCUUCAAUGAUCAAGGUGUCUAAAGAUCCAUCCUUGUCAAAUUUUAGCACCUUUAACGCUUUGGAGGUAGUAACUACAAGUAAUCCACCAAGAAGAACAAAGCUAUCAAAAAAUUUGGUUGCGCUGCUUAGCUAUGGAGGAAUCCCUAAUGAAUUCUUUUUGGAUAUAUUGCUCAACACGCUGGAAGAGGCUAAAAGCAUAUUCUACAACAAACAUGCUGCGCUUAAUGUUGCUCUUAAUUAUGGAGAAAUGGACGACCAGAACGCCGCACAGAUGAUAUUGGUUGGUAUCCCCCUUGACGAACCACACUUGAAGAAUCAUCUGUCUAUUCUUUUAAAGACAGAGAAAAAUGAUCUCAAAGCAGGAAGACUUCCUGUGACCGAGUCAUACUAUCUCAUGGGGACAGUGGAUCCCACCGGAGAGCUAAAGGAAGAUGAAGUCUGUGUAAUCCUUGAGUCUGGGCAAAUUUCGGGAGAAGUGUUAGUUUAUAGAAAUCCUGGAUUACAUUUUGGAGACAUACAUAUUCUCAAGGCUACAUAUGUUAAGGCCUUGGAAGAGUAUGUUGGAAAUUCCAAGUAUGCUGUGUUCUUCCCUCAGAAAGGUCCAAGAUCCUUGGGGGACGAGAUUGCAGGUGGUGACUUUGAUGGUGAUAUGUAUUUCAUAUCAAGAAACCCUGAGCUGCUUGAACACUUCAAACCAAGUGAACCGUGGGUGAGUUUGACUCCUCCCAGUAAAAGUAACUCUGGUAGAGCGCCAAGCCAGCUUUCACCAGAAGAGUUGGAAGAAGAACUUUUCGAAAUGUUCCUGAAGGCAGGAUUUCAUGCCAGCAAUGUUAUAGGGAUAGCUGCAGAUAGCUGGUUAACAAUAAUGGACCGCUUCCUCAUACUAGGAGAUGAGAGAGCUGAGGAAAAAGCUGAAAUGAAGAAGAAAAUGCUAAAGCUAAUUGAUAUAUACUAUGAUGCUCUUGAUGCACCAAAGAAAGGGGAUAAGGUCUAUCUUCCAAACGAGCUGAGGCCCGACAUCUUUCCACAUUACAUGGAGCGGGAGAAAAAGUUUAAGUCCACUUCUAUUCUUGGAUUAAUCUAUGACUUUGUUAAAUCACAGACAACAGAGGAACCCACACCAUCAUCUGAGAUCAGUAAACUCCCCUGUUUCGAAGAUGAGCCGGUCUCAGAGUUUCAUAUGGAGAAAUGUAGACAGUGGUAUGAUAAUUACAGAACUGAGAUGACCCACGCGAUGAAGACUGAUAAGGAUGAAUCAGCCAAUGAAGUUAUUCAGAGAUACAAGCAGGAGUUCUAUGGUGCUGCAGGGUUUGAAGACAGCAAGAAAAGUCUGGAAGAACUCUAUCCGCAAGCCCUUGCACUGUACAAGAUCGUUUACGAUUAUGCCAUUCAUGCAGGUGUUUCGAAAUGUGGGUUUGUCUGGAAAGUAGCAGGACCGGUCCUGUGCAGAUUCUAUCUAAUGAAGAAAAUGCAGGAGAAAACUUUAGUGUGUGCACCAUCUGUGCUUAAAGAGCUUUGGGGUUGAAGAAUACAACCACUUAGUUCGCCACUGGUCUGGUAAUAAUUAAUAAGCCUUUUGUUGUUGCUUCAGUGUCUAAUAAGAAGCGUAUGAGGCAAGUAACUUAACUAAUAGAAGCCAAGAUGUGUGUAUUGUAGUGCCUUUGGUUUGGUUUUAAUGUAGAUUUGUUCUCUAAUGAAUAUUUCUUGUGAAU